CGUCAGCCAGCAAGCCCUGGCGCCCUACUGAAAGGCAAAGGUGAUGCAAACGCACCGUUUGCGUCUGCUCCGGUCUCCAGAAAGGUCAGCGGAGCCCUAGCCUCAGCGCGCAGGUAUGAGGAGCCCGGCGAUGACUCCGAGCCGAGCAGGUUUGCGGGCUCCGGCGACACCCUUGUGCUGCAGGAUAGCGACGAGAGUUCCUCGGGGCCAGGCUGCGAGGUGCUGGUCCAGAGCGUGGUGAUGCUGUGCGGGUCGUGCAGGACGGUGCUGGCGGACUCCUGGCAGGUAUGCGGAGAGGACAGGAGAAAGGGCAUCAUCGCCUGUGCCAAAGUAACCCACAAUGUCAAGAUGAAGGAAGAUCUUGAACUUGGACUUGAUAGCUGGCUGACCGACUGUGUUUAUUACAGCCUCAACUGCAGUGGCUGUAAGAGUUUUGUGGGCGUAGUUCUGCAUUCGACACCUCCGGCUCUCUCUUCUUUCCGGAACCUCUUCCUUUUGAUGAAGGAGCACCUCAUCUGUUAUAUUCUGAAUACUUGUGAAAUUGUGAAGGGUACUGAUGUGCUGUUUGACCAGCAUCUCAUUGGCGAUGACAUCUCUAAGUUAAAGAGCAAGCUUAUUCAGCUGCACCAACGUGUUGCGAUGAUAGAAGAGAAAUUAGCCAGGUGUCUGAAUAGAUAGAUCCCUGAGGUGGGCAGCCUGAAGCCAAAGGAAAAGGCAUUGCAUUACGCCAGUCACCCUGGAGUUCCAGGGAGUGGUGAGAGAUACAAGCCAUCUCUGUCAGACCGUGUUUUGGGAUGCACAAAUAAAGAGGCAAAGGUGCAAGUGUUUUUCACUCUGGCAAAAAUCAGAUUUGGGUGGUUGCAAAAACACCACACUUAUUAUUUUAGAUUUUGUGAGGUAUAAUUUUGGUUGUCCAGUUUUGGAUAAUGUCAGACCACCACCAAAUGAUUUUAGUGAUUUGACUGCAUUAAUAAGGAUGUAAAAUUUUUGGUUUGGUUGGGCAGAUGCCUACAGCUUCUAAGCCUCUGGUUUGGUGCACACCAUUGUCAAGAGCUCCAGUCCACUAUGGGCAUGUUCUGGCUGGAUUUGUUGGUAUGUUACAGUUAGCAACAUGUAUAAGGCUUGUAAAUUGAGAGGUUCAAUUUAUAGUUACCUCAGUUAAGUGAUGAGUGCCGUGCAGUGCAGCAAGAACCAGGGGAUUCUGCUGGCCUUAUGGAUGGGUGUCUUACAGUUCCAGAUCCACCCACUCCAGCUGUGCUUUGUAGUUUCCAGGGCACGGAGCAGCCAGGUUUUUUCAUGUUUCCAGAAUGGAGUAAAAUAAACUAUUAGCAGCUAAUUGAAACAAUGUAGCACAAAAUUAUUUUAUUUUUUUAGGUUUUUAGACUACAUGUUAAAGAAUAGUUGCAACAAAAUUGUUAAAAGAAAGUUCUGCUUCUUAAUGUUAUUGUUAGUGUUUUUUCCAAGUUGUUCAGACAUUUGGGUUAUUUCGUUGAUCAGAUGUUUUUAAUAGUUCUGUACAACUUGAUUUAAAUUAACACCUGCCCAUCAGGAUGUCCACAUUCACUUGAUGCAGAGGUCUUGGUGAGUCUGAGGAUUACAGUGAAGAAGAACAGUAUUGUUCUUUUCUUCAGCCUCACUAUAUGUUGCUUCAAAUUUCUAAAUAACCACUAUGAUUGUUUAUCUAUGUACUGUAUAUUUAUACGGUAAGUUGGUAAGUGACUUACCAUAUAAAUGUAAAUGGUAAGUCAGUAAGUGAAUUAGUUGUGAAGUCUAAUAUACUUCACGGACUAAUUUGUUAUUAGUAUCAGCCUCUGGGAAAGUCCUUCACUGGAAUCCAGUAGUGUGUGAUCUAGAUUAAAAGGGGUUUUUGAUGCUUAGUGUAGUCCUGAUGAGGAAGACAACUGCAGUUGUCGUGUUACAGAAGAACCCCCUUUAUAAACAAGCGGCAGUAUUGGGCAUGUUUAUGGAUAGGGACUUUGCUAAGGACUCCUCCCAAGUGGCUUAACCAGCACAGUCCUGGGUUUAUGAUCCAGAUGUCAUAAAUUCCAGCCUGGGUCAUGUUGCUAGCUGACUGACUGGUAUUCCUCACAUCUGAGGGUCAAUGGCCAGGGCUCUGUUGGUGAUAGGGCAACCUGUGGGGCUUCCUGGGCACUUGCAGACACAAGGUGCUGCUGGUGAGGGAUACACCUCUGCUUCAGUCGGUGCUGAACCGCUAGAACAAGACUUUGAUGUUUUUAAAAAAAAUGAGUGGCUCAAAGGUGGACAAGUUGGAGUAGUCUUAUACUGAGGUCACUUCCUUGUUCUGCUCUUUGUAUGGUUGUGGGAUUCGUAGACUGAAGUCAAGAGGUGAAAAAUGAAUUGGCGAUUCUAAUGUUUUAAAAAAUCAAAAAUAAUUAUCUGAAAAGAUAUUUCCCAUCUGGCAAGUAUAUUUGGUAAAAAACUUUACUUUCUGACAAGCAUGUAUACUGUAUAUAUUAUGUAUAGAUUCUCUGGAAGUAUGUUAAAUAUUUUGUACCUGUUGUUUAUACCUAUGCAUAACCCAGUGCUGUUCCUGUUAGUUUGCAUUAAGGUGGUCUGUCUCUGCAGAGAUGAGUGUAGCUUGGGAACAGCAGAAGACUUGGACUUGUAAUCUGUUUAAAUAACUUGUAAACAAGUGUGGUCUUGAGUUGUUAAUAAAUAUUUUCUUAAA